CACAGGUGCGGGGCCGCCGCCCGGUUAUAAAUAGCGGGGAGGGGCGGCCCGGCUCCCCCCGUGCUCGGUCCCCCCCUCCAGGGCUCGGAGCGGAGCGGGAUGCGGCGCCCUCCCUCCCUCCUCCCGCCCGCCGGCAGCAUGAGCCCGUCCUUCCUCCUCCUCCUCCUCCUCCUCGCCCUGCCCGCCCGCGCCCGGCGAGAGCAGGUGCCCGGCGGGGCGCAGCGGGGCCGCAACGCCCCCGCGUCUUCCUCCUCCUCCUCUUCCUCCUCCCCGGCGGCGGCGGCGGGGCCGAGCCGCUUCCCGCGGAGCCGCCCGGAUCGGCGGCGGGGCCGGCUGUACUGCCGGGUGGGCAUCGGCUUCCACCUCCAGCUGCACCCCGACGGCCGCGUGGACGGCGCCCACGACGCGAGUCCGCUCAGUAUUUUGGAAAUAUUUGCUGUGUCUCAGGGGAUUGUAGGAAUACGAGGAGUUUUCAGCAACAAAUUUUUAGCGAUGUCAAAAAAAGGAAAACUCCAUGCAAGUGCUCGCUUCACGGUGGACUGCCACUUCCGAGAGCGCUUCCAGGAGAACAGCUACAACACCUACGCCUCGGCCGUGCACCGCAGCCCGCGCUCGGGCCGCCCGUGGUACGUGGCGCUCAACAAGCGCGGCAAGGCCAAGCGCGGCUGCAGCCCCCGCGCCCGGCCCCAGCACGUCUCCACGCACUUCUUGCCCCGCUUCUGGCAGCCGCAGCCCCCCGAGCUCGCCUUCACCGUCGCCCUCCCCGAGAAGAAGCCCCCGCCGCCCAAGGCCAAGGUGGCUCCGUCCCCGCCUCGCAGGAGCCCCGGCAAGUACCGGCUGAAGUUCCGCUUUGGCUAGCGCGGGAUGGGGCAGCUGAGCCCACGGGGACCGCGUCUCCCUCGGCACGUGGACACCGGGAGCUCCCGGGCGGCUGGGCCGGCCUCGAGGUCUGCUCCUCACCAGACAGGUCCCGGAGGGAGCGGCUCGGGCUUGCCCAAGAGAAUUGCCGCGGUGAGCUGGGAGCGCUGGACGGACCUCGGGUUAGCGUUCUGUUGCUGGGAGAAGCAGGAAGGUACCUCUCCAGCCAGCUUAUUUUCCUACCUUAUUUUCACUAGUGACUCCUUUGACAAUCAUCUUCACGCGAGAGAGAUGUUCAGAGCCAAGCGGUUUUGUUUGUUUUUCUUGCAUCUCCUUCUUGCUGCACUUUUUCCUCCGACCAUACCUCAGGCACCGUGCAUCCAGGUCUGUCCCCUUCCCUUCUCCUGGAAGCCAGCUCUUCCCUUCCACAGAUUAAACCCGGAGACCGAGCCCUGCAAACUCUGUCGCCUUACCCGUGCUGCGGGGCGGUCCUUAACCCUUUGUUGGCAAUAAGAGACGUGCGGGUCUAUUUUGUGGGGGUCGCAGGCCGGGGCAGGGUGGCUGUUUGCAGCCCGCUCCCGGCACUCUCUCCCGUUCUUCCCUGGACAGCUGGAGGAGCGAGUCUCCUCCUGUCCAUCCGAGUACGGAUUCGAUGCCUGCUUUAAAAUACCUCUGCCCCGGUGCUGGGGCAUUCCCGCUCCCUGGAGGAGUCCCCCCGCAGGUAUCCCCACAGGACAGAGAUGCCUGUGGCCCCCAGGUGCCCACCGGUUUUGUCCAAUGGUUUUUGCUGCUGAUUUAUUUUACCGCUCUCAAUACAUUUGCAGAGGCAGAGAGCAAGGUUUUUGUUCCUCAGCGAGCGUGGCGAUGUGGCAAUAAACGCUGUUACAGCUGCUUGUCCCCUGGGGAGCGUUCCUCCCACCUUGGCGGCCCAGAUGUGGAAUUGUUUCUCGGUCGUGGUGUGAUGUGGGGGGUAGCUGUGCACAUGGAGCUGGCAGUGGGCGUUGAGCAGUGCUGCUGUACGCACAGGCACUGGUAGCAUUGAACCUCACCGGUGAAGCCUUAACAGGAGCUCAGGUUGGCAGAGCCCCUCAGGACCUGGGCCCUGCCAGCGUCCAGCAGCAAUAAUUAGCCUCCUCUCCGCAUCUGAUUGUGGUACAAAUGGCUUGGGAUCAUGGGCUUCCUACACUGGGAUCGUGGUUCUUUGCCUUUGCCAUCCUCUGGCAGCCCCUGGCCGGACACCAUGCGAGGAUGGAUGGGGACGCUGGAAUAAAACUGUUGUG